GAUUUUUGUACCGACAAUAGACGCACGCCUGCAGCACCAGUCAGAACUUUGCCUUCGGUUCUUUAUUCUAUCGGGGCUGGGUGCCGUUGCUACUGCAACGCAUCUGGAACAAAGCUUCUGCUGACGUUUGUUGUGCCCAUCAAGAUCUAGCCUAUCUCUUGCAUUGUUUACAACAAGAAGCAGCAAGGGCUGAUUGCUGCUGGUUGGCUCGGUACUAAAUCUGGCCUCCCAAAUGCGAUGAGCCUAGCUGAAACUAUUGCUGCCAAAACGGCAUGCCACGCCCCUUCCAAGGUCGUCAAUCAACUCGAGAUUGGCACGCAGUGCAGCUUGCCUCUGGCUGACAAAUGUGUCGGGUGCUCCUUGCAAGCAUGGAAAGUGUCGAGGAGCAUACAGACCACGAUGGCUGUUGAUCAGUUCAGCGCUACCUCAGGGUCAAAGCAUUCAUCCUGUCCAAUAACUACCAAGGACGACAAGUCACGGAGAGGACACCUCCACCACUGUGAUCGCUGUGACUAUAAAACUAGAAGACCGGCCGAUCUAAGAGCACACAUUAGGGUUCAUACAGGUGACAAGCCAUUUCAGUGCCCUUCAUGCUGUCAGAGCUUCACAAAUAAGGGCACUCUUGACACACACCUGCGUGUCCACACUGGUGAGCGGCCGUAUAAAUGCCAUUUGUGCCCUCAGGACUUCUCACACAAAAACGCUCUAAAUGUUCAUUUGCGGGCCCACUUGGGCGUUCGGCCAUAUCAUUGCCCCUCCUGCUCUCGGACUUUUGUGGAUAAGAGCCAUUUGAAUAUUCACCUACGCAUCCACUCAGGUGAGCGGCCUUAUCAGUGCCCCUCAUGCCCUCAGGCUUUUGUGGAAAGUGGCCAUCUGAAUGUUCACCUACGCAUCCACUCGGGCGAGCGACCAUACAGCUGCACCAUCUGUUCCAAGUCCUUUGCGCGGUCUGGUACCUUGAAGAAACAUAUGAAAACACAUCACCAUGACAACCCUGAGUAAGUCACCAGCCCUGUAGGGUGUGCAUCAUGUAUUAGGCAGAGUCUAAAAUUAUGAAUCUACAUACCUGCACAAUAUUCUGCAUGGCAUUGUGGUGCAUCAGGAAGCAAGUGUUGAUAUGCCUUUAUAUGUUUAACUGCCAAGCCACUUCACGAGAUGUUUCAGCCUAAUCUAGCAAGUUGCAGGCAGAGUGGGCUGAUAUUGCUUUCAUUUGUGAAAGGUAUCCUUUCAUGUGCAGGCAUAACAAAUUCAGAAGCGAUCAUCUCUCAACUUUGCCUUCAAAACACUGUUGUUUGCAUUAAAGUAGUCAAGAUAAAUUCUGAAUGUUAGGCCAGUAAUCAGGACUUAUUGGUAUCCUCCAAGUAUACUGCUGCCUAAAUGAACAUUCUUGUUAGGUGAAUGGCCCCUCACCAGGUUUGGGUAUCCCUAACAAACGAACAUGGUGGAUUUGUUGUGCAGUAACAUGUAUUCAGCAAACUAUGAAACCAUUCCACAUCACGAAAACAGCUCAAAUUUUAGAUGAAAGCCUGUGUGUCCUGCAGGGUACCCUGCAUUGAGGUUGGAAACCAAGGUCACACACAUAAAGGCCUCACCAGUCACAGUCAGUGAACAAUUUUUUGGACUUCCUAGGGACUGCGAAAACGUCGAAAAAUGGGGCAGUUCGAAAAAAACAAAUCUGGCUUUUACUGCCCUUAAGAGCACAAAU